CGUAGGGCAGAGUAUAAUGCCCCCCGUCCGAGCUAGAUGUCAGCCUACUUAAAGUACUUACCUUAAGGUACUCUCUGUUCCUCGAACCCUCGGAGCAUAUUGGGUACUUCCAAAGGGCAGCGUCGGUACCUCUUGCCACCAACAUUGAGCCCCCCUUCACGUAACGUGGCAGAUAAUUGUCAGGUACGACACCCGAUAAAUCGUCGUGCUCUCAGUUUUUGCAGCAAGAAAAUACAUUGACGGACCACAACGACGGUGCGGCUCGGUUAUUGCCAGGGGGCACAACUCUCUCUACCUGGGCAGUCAUGCAUGCAUGCGAGCAGGCGGGCACCAUGGAAAUGUGCAGACCGAACAAUAUUACGGCACUCGGCACAAGAGAGAAAUGCCCUUUUUUUUCCUUGGUCGGCACUGGCCCGUCUAUCCCAUGCCAUGCCAUGACUGCUGGUUGUGCUGCAACGCUUUCUGGGUGGGAAACCGCACACACCCCACGUGGUGCUUACUGCGGACGGUAGUUACUUGUACCGAAUACCAGUACGUUAUCCCGGAUGCGCGCGCGCCCCAGUCUGCACUACGACUCCGGGGAGGACGCCAGUCCACUGGUCCGCCUCCCCGCCCCUGGACAUUCGGGCCGGCCUGGUCGCUGGGUGCAUGCGGGCGCUGUGUGUGUGUGUGCAUGGUGCUGACUGACUGGUUGGCGUGGUCCGCACCCCCCUUCAUGGCGAGACGGGAGAGCACGAAGGUGUAUAUGUGGGACAUACGCGGCAUUAGAGCGCAUAGAUGAAGGUUCCCCCGAACAAGGACAAACAAAAUGACAAGACACUGCUGGGGCAAAGAAAAGUCAAAAAAGGAUUAGUUGGUUCCCAAAAACAAUGUUUGAUAAUCAGAAUUCCCUUUUCCCUGCUGCUCACGCCCCCAGAACCAG